AUGUCGGUGUUUAUAUCAAGAAGCCCGCUCUGGCUUUUGUACUCGAUAGCGACAUUGCUUCUCGUUUCGAUUGCCGAUGGGAUAGAGCAGCACCCAUUGCAAUCGGCUACAGAUGUUGCUCCUAAACGUGUGGCAGUGAUAGGAGCCGGCGCCGGAGGCUCGUUUACAGCAUACCAGCUGCGCAAGCACGCAGAUGAGUCCGGCAUUCCAGUCAAUAUCACUGUAUACGAGCGGGCUUCAUAUAUUGGGGGUCGCUCGACCACCGUGAAUGCAUUCGACGACCCAGCCCUCCCCGUUGAGCUAGGCGCUUCCAUCUUUGUCCAGGUCAACGUCAACCUGGUUAACGCCUCGCGCGACCUCGGCCUUACAGUCCGUGCAGCAGAUCACACGCGACCCAAGGAAGCCGCCGAGAGCAUUGGGAUCUGGGAUGGAUCCCAGUUCGUAUUCUCAUUGAAAAACACCUAUAACUGGUGGAACAUCGCUCGGCUCUUCUGGCGGUAUGGGCUGGCGCCUCUGCGCACCCAGAACCUGGUGAAGAGCGUCGUAGGGCGGUUUCUACGGCUUUAUAACGCGCCUUUUUUCCCCUUCCGUUCGCUGUCUGAGGCGGCCGCUGCGGCGGAUCUGCUGAAUACUACCGCAUCCUCGGGUGAUGAUUUUCUCCAGGGUAACCAGAUCUCGUCGUUGUUCGCUAGGGAAAUAAUCCAAGCGAGUACCAGAGUCAACUAUGGACAGAAUUUACCGCUGAUCCAUGGUCUGGAGUCGAUGGUGUGUAUGGCCACGGAUGGGGCUGUCUCCAUAGAGGGCGGCAACUGGCAGAUCUUUGAUGGCGCUCUCCGAGCCUCGAGGGCAGAUAUCAGACUAAACACCAGCGUCACAGCGAUCCAGCGUAAUGAGGACGGCACUGUGCGCAUCACAACGGAACCCAGUAGGAAGAUCAACUUCGCACAGCCAUCGGAGCAAGCCGUCUUCGACGAAGUGGUUGUUGCCGGUCCUCUGCAGUACUCGGACAUCUCUAUCUCCCCUCCACUUCCGCAAACGCCAGAUGAGAUCCCAUAUGUCAAGCUGCACGUCACGCUCCUCGCUUCUCCACACCGAAUAUCAUCACGAUUCUUCGGUCUAAACGACUCUAAUGCCCACGUCCCUGAAACCAUCCUAACAACACUCCCGGAGGGUCUGGAUCUGGGCUCAAACCCAGCAGGCGUGGGCCCUGCCCGUUUCUGGAGCAUCAGCACCCUCCGCACCGUGAGCCGACCCGUCACCAAAGACAACGAGGAACAAGGGCAGCAGCAAUACGUGUACAAGAUCUUCUCUCCCGAACGGCCAUCGGCCGAGUUCAUUGCCCAGAUUCUCGGGCUGGACUCCUACGAUGGUACGAUAAACCCUAAUGCCACUAUCGGGGAUCUUCCUAAGAGCGACGUCACCUGGUUCCACGAGAAGAUUUGGAACCCUUAUCCUCUGUUGUAUCCGCGGGUGACGUUCGAAGACACCGUCUUGGCUCCGGGUAUUUGGUAUACCAGUGGGAUCGAAAGCUUUAUCUCGACUAUGGAGACUAGUGCGCUGAUGGGCCGUAAUGUGGCGACGCUUAUGUUCCAGGCGUGGCAGAAGGAAGGCGAGCAGAUGCAUGCUGGCUCUUCGUCCAAUUGGGGAAAGACCGAGCUUUGA